AUGGGUGCACUCGACGCAGAAGAGCAGGCCUACCAGCAAGAGGUCGCUGCUGUCAAGCAGUGGUGGCAGGAUUCGAGAUGGAGACACACCAAGAGGCCGUACACAGCCGAAUCGAUCGUGCAGAAGCGAGGAAACUUGAAGAUACAGUACCCUAGUGCUGUUCAGGCAAAGAAGUUAUGGCAGUUGGUUGAGGAGAGAUUUGCAAACAAGCAAGCUACUCCCACGUACGGUUGUCUCGAUCCUACUAUGGUGACUCAGAUGGCUCCCUUCUUGGAAACAGUCUAUGUUUCUGGCUGGCAGACAUCCUCGACCGCUUCCUCGUCUGACGAACCAUCCCCCGAUCUAGCAGACUAUCCUAUGGAUAGUGUUCCCAAGAAGGUGAACCAUCUGUUCAUGGCUCAGCUCUUCCACGAUCGAAAGCAACGAGAAGAAAGAUUGACAACUCCAAAGGAGAGCAGAAGCAAGUGCCCCAGCGUUGAUUACCUUAGACCCAUCAUUGCCGAUGCGGAUACGGGCCACGGUGGCUUGACUGCGGUCAUGAAGCUCACCAAACUAUUUGUCGAGCGAGGUGCUGCUGGCAUUCAUAUUGAAGACCAGUCACCCGGCACCAAGAAGUGCGGCCACAUGGCUGGCAAGGUGUUGGUACCAAUUUCAGAGCACAUUAAUCGACUUGUGGCCAUACGUGCUCAGGCGGACAUCAUGGGCACUGACCUGCUAGCUGUUGCGAGAACUGACGCCGAAGCUGCGACCUUGAUUGCUUCCAACAUCGAUCACCGUGAUCAUGCCUUCAUCCUAGGAAGCACGAACGCCAACCUGCAACCACUCAACGAUCUGAUGAUCGCAGCCGAGCAGUCAGGCAAGGUCGGCGAGCAGCUCCAAGCCAUCGAGGAUACCUGGACUAGCCAGGCCGGUUUGAAGCUCUUCGACGAUGCUGUCGUAGAUGCUAUCAAUGCAGGCGUUCACGUCAACAAGCAAGAUUUGAUCAAGCAGUACAAAGCUGCUGCUGCGGGCAAGUCUAAUCCAGAGUGCCGAGCUAUCGCAAAGGGCAUAACUGGAGUUGACGUCCACUGGGACUGGGACGCGCCACGUACACGAGAGGGUUAUUACAGACUUCAGGGCGGAUGUCGCUGCGCCAUCAACCGAGCUAUUGCAUACGCUCCAUACGCCGAUAUGAUCUGGAUGGAAAGCAAACUACCAGACUACAACCAAGCAGUUGAGUUUGCUGAAGGCGUGCACGCUGUCUGGCCUGAACAAAAACUCGCAUAUAAUCUCUCUCCAUCUUUCAACUGGAAGACCGCCAUGAAUGCCUCAGAUCAAGAAACCUACAUUGAGCGUCUAGGCAAGCUCGGCUAUACUUGGCAAUUCAUUACCCUCGCUGGUCUGCAUUCAACUGCCCUGAUCUCCAACAAAUUCAGCAAAGAGUUCGCUAAGCGUGGUAUGCGCGCUUAUGGUGAGCUUAUCCAGGAGCCCGAGAUGGAGAACAAGGUCGACGUCGUUACGCAUCAAAAGUGGUCUGGUGCGAACUUGGUAGAUCACACGCUCCAGAUGCUUACCGGUGGUAUCAGCAGCACAUCUGCCAUGGGUAAGGGUGUGACCGAGGACCAAUUUCACUGA